CUAAUUCUUGGGGGAGGGGCUCUAGCGGGGCCACGUGACCAGCAUGCGCAUGCCCGGUGCUCCCUGUAACAUGAACUAGUUGGAAAUAUCAGAGGGAAGAGGUAGAUUACCGUAAUAAAGAACUAAGACUGAACUUGUAGAUUCGGGAUACAGCCCGUGCUCUGGCUAGCUGCUCUAAGUUAGCUCGUUGGAUAAAGCCCGAAAUAACUCGCGCAAGUCCCGUGCCAGAGAAAGGAAAGAGCAUCGCGAGCUGUGCGCGAGACCCUUGAUCAGAAUUUUUGUUUAAACUUGCUUCUUUUAUUGUUUAAUUAUUUCAAACUUUCAUUGAAAGUUCUCUAUGUAUAAAUAAUCAGCAUAUGUGUAAUUAGAAAAAAAAAAUAUUUUUUAUCUAGUAAUACACUGGGAGUAUAUAACUUUAUGUACUGUAAAUGAAAUAUCGAAAGUUCUUCAAAGUUGUUUUGAGAAGAAAGUAAACCUGUAUAACCCUCGAUGCCAUCUCAAGGUGAGGUGGUUAAUGAAAAGGUGGUGUCACUUACCAGCUAACAUCGCAUCUACUGCGUGAUAUGGACUAAAGACGUCAACAGCAAACACAUGUUGACGUAUGCUCUUCUAUCAAUAUUUAUCAAGUAAUUUUAGUUGUCGUCUUACAAUGUGGUCCAUGUUUGAUUGACAAUCAUGGGAGGAUGCGUGGGGAGAGAACAAGCGGAGUCACGCGGAAACGGCGCGAGGGCGCACAGGAAACGUGGAGGUCGUAAUGAGCCCCUGAAAAAAGACAAGCCAAAGUGGAAGAGCGACUAUCCCAUGACGGAGGGCCAGCUCCGCAGCAAGAGAGAUGAAUUCUGGGACACGGCCCCAGCAUUUGAUGGACGGAAGGAAAUCUGGGAUGCCCUGAAAGCUGCAGCUGUGGCUUUAGAGUGUAAUGAUCAGGAGCUGGCUCAGGCUAUAGUGGAUGGAGCCAACAUCACAUUACCACAUGGAUCCCUAACAGAGUGUUAUGAUGAACUCGGCAACCGGUACCAGCUCCCAGUAUACUGCCUGGCACCGCCUGUCAAUCUGAUCACGGAGAGAAGUGAGGAAGACCCGUCGGACAACCCUGAGCCCCAGACAGCACAGAAGAAAGAGUUCCAGCUAAAGGUACGCCUCUCCACCGGCAAAGACGUACGGUUGAACGCCAGCAUGGCCGACACCAUUGGCCUCCUCAAAAAGCAACUGCACGCUCAGGAGGAUAUUGAUGUCGCCCACCAGCGCUGGUUCUUCUCUGGAAAGCUCCUCACAGACAAGACACGCCUGCAGGACACCAAAAUCCAGAAGGACUUUGUUAUCCAGGUCAUUGUGAACCAGCCAUUAACACCAACUCAAUAAGACGCAGCUGAUGAAUUUACAGAGACAUAAAGGACCAAUAUGAAAAACACAAAGUUUUGCACAAAAACGGACAGCGACUUUAAGAAGAAAUGGAGAAUCUUUGUCUAUCAUUAAAGAGAAAAUUACGAUUAUUAGACUUGUUGCUCGAGUCAAUCGUGCUGUAAAAAUGCGUUUCUGGGGUGAACUUUUGUAAGGAUAACUCCACGAUUCACAGCUAGACACUCAAGCCCUUCUCAAAUCCGACAUCUGGGAAAACAAAUAAACCAACCUAACGUGUUGCAUCUGUGCUAACUUGAGCAAAAGUGCCAAGGCAAAUAGCUGCAGUGUCGGUUUUGGUUAAAAAGCACAUUGCUUUCAAUCCCUUGACUAUGCAUAUCCUGCAAGCUUUAGGUUUACUGUAUCUACGUGGUCCUCUUAAAGUGAUUUCACCUUGUAAGAUUCAUGUAAGUUGAGCUUCAUUUUGCACACUUUAAAAAAGUAUCGUAGUCGUGCCUUGAAAGGAGAGUAGGUUUUUAAAUGCUGUUUUUAUUUUGCUUAUAAAGGCUUUUUUAGCCUGGAGGUGGCUAAACGGGCUCACAGACACAUGCUUUGUGUUUUGUAACUGAUGUCUUUGAACACAAUCCAAUACUUGCUAUGCAAUCUUUAAACAAUUGGGGAAAAAGAUGCUGAUAUCGUUCACUUCUCAACCCGUUUAUCUGAUGUAGCUAAUCUAAAACUUAAAUGUUUUUAUAAAGCAUGCUAUCGCAAGGUCAUGACAAGUGAGAGUGCAUAAAUAGAUCACUGUCAUACACUUGCAGCGAUGCUGGAUGUCUUGGAGUAACCGCAUCUUUAUCUCCUGAGACUAUCAAACUAAAGUGUCCUACUUUUUGGUGAGCCAUCCGAUUUCCAAUCAUAGAUUGCUGCAUCUUAAUUGGAUAGUUUAGCCAAAAAUUUAAAUUUCUUCAUCAUUUACUCACCCUUAUAUUGUUCUGAACCUGUAUGAGUUUCCUCUGUUCAUCACAAAAGAUGAUAUUUUGAUUAAUGAUGGUAAGCACACGAAAGUCAAUGGAAAUCUUCUUUUGUGUUCAACAGAAAAAAAAAACUCAUACAGGUUCAGAACAACAUGAGAGUGAGUAAAUGAUGACCACAUUUUUUUGCUUUGUUUUGUCUGUUCCUCUUUUGGGGGAACUGUGGGAGGAGCUAUAAGUGCUCAGGCUGCAGUCAAAACAUCAAAUGACUAUAGAUCCUUUUUUGUAUUUUAUAUUCUGUACUAUUCCAAUCUUUACUCCGCUUGUUUUUAAAUGACUUAGACCAAGUUUCACAAACAAGACUUAGAUUAAGCCAGGAUUAGGCCUUUUACAAAAGUGAUAAAAUAAAAAUUACUAGUGUACAUCUUAAGACAAAACAAUGGGACGUAUAUACAUUUUAAGAUGUGUUGGGGCUAGUUGUAACUCAAACAUCCAUUUAGUCUAAGACUAGGCUUAGGCCUUGCCUGCGAAACCAGGCCCUAGUAAGAUGUUUUUUACUUGUUUCUUCAAAGUGGCUGUAUAAUUGGCUUAAAAGCUAAUAAUUUAUUGUUUAGCAUAUUCUAUAGCUAAAUAAACACAUACAUGGUAUAGUUUACCCUUAGCAUCAGUUUUAAAAUCCGUCCCAACAUUUCUGUAGCAUCUAUGGCAAACAUCAAAACAAUUGUUUCCCCGGAUUUGCGUCAUAUUGUGAGUUGGUCUCUUAUAUGCAGUCUAUUAACACAGAAAACAAUUCUGAAAUUCAAUAUUUGAUAGGUUUGUGAGGUUACUGUGAAAGUCAAUGGGACAUCUGUUUUUUUUUUUUGUAGGCGUCAAAUGUAGGUGCAUUAAGGGGAGAGUUCACCCAAAAAUUCAAAUUCUGUCAUCAUUUAUUGACCUUUAGGUUGUUUUAAACCUGAAUAAAUAUUUUUGUUCUGCCGAACAUAAAGGAACACAUUGAGCAAUUUUGGGGCACCAUUGACUUUCGUAGUUUUUUGCCUACCGUAAUAUGAAAGUCAAGGGUGCUCUUCUUGAUUACAAACAGAACAAAGAAAUGUAUAUAGGUUUGAAAAAAAAAAACUUCAGGGUGAUUAAAUGAUGUCAUUUUUUGAUAUACUACUACUUUAAGCUUAAUUUUUUCUGUGUGCAGUUUUUAAAGAAACACAGCAUAAUUUUCUGUGGUUAUCAAAGUAACUGUUUAUAUAGCAUAUCUUUUAUGUAACCCAGCAUAUUUCAUUAAGUCCCUUGUAUCGUAAAGCACAAGUUCUGUGAAAACAAACAUGAGCUUUGUGUGUGUACAAGACCCACCAAUCCCCCACCAUGACAAAGACUUUAAUAGAAGCUGAUUGUUUGUAUGUAAGUGUGUCACAACUUAAGAACAUAUCAUGUAUCUUAAUAUACAUACACUGGCUGUCUGGAUAAACACCUCCAAAAGAGAGCGUAUUUCUUCCCUUCUUACUUCAGCAGAAUCUGAAACUCUUAUACUGUGACUAAAGAGUUGUAAUAAAUAUGCUGUAGUUGCUGUUGGACCUCACCGGGCUUAUUUUACAGUCUCAUACUGGCAGCACUUUUGCCAUUUACUGUAAAAACCUGUCCACAACCGCUGUUUAUGGUUAUUUACCCCAUAAACUUCUUGAAGUACAAGACUGUGCUCUAAUGAGCAGUUUUAAAUAUAAUCAAACUAUUUCUAAAUGUCUUUCAGUGGUUUGUUGUUUAAAGGUGGUGCGUGUAAAUUUUAGCGGCUUCUAGUGGUGAGAUUGCGGAUUGAAACCAAUAGCUCACCCCUCCGUUUCAAAACGCAGAUGGUAGCCGCUAAAGGACAAACAUUUUGUUGUUGUUUUUAUGUUCUGGCUGUUUUAGUUUUGGUUAUGUUGCUUUAUUGGAAAGCACUUUGGUCAACAUGAGUUUGCUUAAAAUGUGCUAUUCAAAUAAUAAACGAAACUAAACAGCGUAGGGACAAAACGCGCUCCUUAGAACAGUUGUUUCAUUUAGGGCUACUAUAAAAAUAUGACGGGGACUUCCAUGUAAGGAGACCCAUGGUGCAUUUAGAUUAAUGCUGCAUUCCAGGCAACCUGUAACCCGUAACUCACGACUUCAAAACCACGACUCCCGACUCUGAACUGGGAGUACAUCAAUCUAGUACGAGUUCACGGGUGGGAAGUCACGGAUUUGACUGCCGUUCCAGUGCACUUUCACCGGUAGAAGGAUGUAAAAACACGAGUUACAGGCUGCCUGGAACGCAUAAGGUCGUGAGUCGUGGUUUUGAAGUCGUAACUCACGGGUUUAAAAACCUGCCUGGAACGCAGCAUAAAACUGCUCAUUAAACAAUACAGUUCAUUAUGGAAGGUCUUUAUACACCACUGAUAAUAUAGCUAGUUAGAUUAUAUUGCAUUUCGGUUAAGAGAUUCUACUAAAAGUUACACAAUGCACCUUUAAUAUAAACGUAAAUCCCUUUAUUUGAUAUUUCAGUUUUUGUAUUGCAAUGUCAAUAGACUCAAGUCUAAAAGUAAUAGAAAUGGUUACUGUGAUGCAUGCAAUGAUGCACACAAUAAAAGGUGAUAUCAAAUGCUGGUAUUUAUGGAUGUAGAUUAUUCAAGAUCAGGUUUAAUUCAAGAUUCAAGUCUUCAGUGUUUAAAUAGUAAUUGAUUUUUUUGUUUCUAUGUUAUAUUUGUUUAAAUGUUUGUCAUGUAUGACUGAUGCUGUAUGAAUUAGGGUCUUUUUUAGGUUAUUUGCUUUUUUGGAAUCUUGUUGUGUCUCGUGAAAUGACGUUUACAUGAAGGGUGUGUAAACUGAAAGACUGUGGAAGCUGCUAGAAAGCCAUAGCUGUCAAUCUUUCUCAGCCCACAAUAGUGGGACAAUAUCAGGAGACUCUACCUUGGACAUUUGUCUUUCAAAUCUUAAGACUGUAAGAAGCCAUUUAACAUUAAUCGAGCCUGCUGCGUAUGUGUUUCGUAAAAGGCAAAAUAUGAUGAACUUUUAUGUUCCUUUAAAAGGAAUUCAUGUGAAUUUCUUCUUUUAAUAUCUGUAUAUUUAGAGAUUUUAAAGAAAAGUGCGUUCUUACACGUGCUUACAGCAUGAUUUCUGAAAGUUAUGUAAGUUUACAUGGUCAUUUGUUUUUCAGAUGUUUUAAUUGUCAAAAUAAAAGUAACAACUGCUAAAGCAAACAUAUGUUUG